GCUUUACCGGGACACAGAGUGGGAUCCGGGGGGAGAGACAGCCCGGAGACUGCCGGAGACAGCCAGAGACAGCGAGAGACUGCCGGGCACGGAGAGAGACAGCCCGGAGACAGCCAGAGACAGCCCGGGCACGGAGAGAGAGACAGCCAGGUGAGAGCUCCGGACACCGCCAGAGACAGCCCGGGCAGAGACUGCGAGGGAGACACCCCCGAGAGAGAGACUGCACGGAGAAGAGACACUCAGGGGAUAGACAGGCUGAGAGACCCCCGAGAGACUGCACGGAGAGAGAGAUACUCAAGGGAUAGACAGGCUGAGAGACCCCCGAAAGACUGCACGGAGAAAGAGACACUCAAGGGAUAGACAGGCUGAGAGACCCCCAAGAGACUGCAUGGAGAAAGAGACACUCAAGGGAUAGACAGGCUGAGAGACCCCCAAGAGACUGCACGGAGAGAGAGACACUCAGGGGAUAGACAGGCUGAGAGACCCCCGAAAGACUGCACGGAGAAAGAGACACUCAGGGGAUAGACAUAGACGAGAGACUGCACGGAGAAAGAGACACUCCCCGAGAGACUGCACGGAGAAAGAGACACUCAGGGGAUAGACAGGCUGAGAGACCCCCGAGAGACUGCACGGAGAAAGAGACACUCAUGCUGAGAGACCCCUGAGAGACUGCACAAGAGACUGCACGGAGAGAGAGACACUCAAGGGAUAGACAGGCUGAGAGACCCCCGAGAGACUGCACGGAGAAAGAGACACUCAAGGGAUAGACAGGCUGAGAGACCCCCAAGAGACUGCAUGGAGAAAGAGACACUCAAGGGAUAGACAGGCUGAGAGACCCCCAAGAGACUGCACGGAGAGAGAGACACUCAGGGGAUAGACAGGCUGAGAGACCCCCAAGAGACUGCACGGAGAAAGAGACACUCAGGGGAUAGACAGGCUGAGAGACCCCCGAGAGACUGCACGGAGAAAGAGACACUCAGGGGAUAGACAGGCUGAGAGACCCCCGAGAGACUGCACGGAGAAAGAGACACUCAAGGGAUAGACAGGCUGAGAGACCCCCAAGAGACUGCAUGGAGAAAGAGACACUCAAGGGAUAGACAGGCUGAGAGACCCCCGAGAGACUGCACGGAGAAAGAGACACUCAGGGGAUAGACAGGCUGAGAGACUGCACAGAGAGAGAGCACAGAGAAAGAGACACUCGGGGUAGACAGACGAGGAAGACACCCCCGGGAGACUGCACAGAGAGCGAGAGACACUCAGGAGACAGACUAAUGAAAUGCACAGUGAGACCGCAGAGAAUGUGGGAGAAAUAACGGGAGAUACAUCAAGAGGUUAGACAGGCAGAGAGACUGCAAGCAAUAACACAGGGAAUCUCCCCAGAGAGAGAGACUAAUAAUACACACAGUGAGAUUACAGAGAAUGAGGUAGAAAUAACAGUAGACAGAUCAUGGGAAUAGACAGGCAGAGAGACUGCAAGGAAUAAUAGGGAAUAUUCCGAGAGACUAAUAAUACACACAGUGAGACCACAGAGAAUGCAGGAGAGAGACUUCAAGAAGCCUCCCCUGAAAGACAGACUAAUAAUACAACUAGUGAGAAACAGACAAUGAGGGAGAAGUAACAUUAGGCAGAUCAUGGAACUAGACAGGCAGACUGCAAGGUAUUAUAUAGGCUGGUACACACCAUUAGAACAUGGAAAAUGAAAGCGCACUAACAGGUGACAGCGAAGAGAGAGAGAUCAUGGGAAUGAAAAGGUAGAGCGACUACAAAGGAUAACACGAGGUAUCCCUGGGAGAAAUACUAAUGACAUGCACAUUGAAAACACAGAAUAUGAGAGAGGCAUAACAAGAGACAGAUCACAGGGAUCUAAAAGCUGAGAGAGUAUGGGGGACAAGAUUGAAUAAUAACAUGUACUGUGAGGACUAACCUGGGCCAUUUGGGAGAUUCAUGGCAGGAGACAGACUAAGUUACUGUGGGAUAUACACACGGUAUCCCUGGGAGAGAUCUUAUUGACAUACAAUGGAAGAUUAAUAAUAAUAGAGCAAUAGGCACAGGUUGAGUGACUCAAGGAAUACUGGAAAGACAUUUGGGGAGUUAGACUACGUAUAAUGCACAGUGAUACAGAACAUGGGAACGCAGGAGUCAGGUUAGAGAAAGCAAACCAUGAUGGAGAGAGGGCAGAGACAGAUGAAAAUAACAAAGGAGCUGGCUGUAAGAGACCGCUAUCAUGUGUUCAGGGUCUGAGAUCAAAACAAUCGAUCAUACCUGUCAAGGAAAGAUGACAUGCUGAAAAACUGUAGAAAUAAGUGACUUCUUUGAGAUGUACUUUACAAGACCGUGGAAAACGAGACAUAACCAAAGCCACCCCAAAUAGAUAUCUAUGGGGGUGAGAGGCAGGAAACCCGCAGACAAUAGUCAAAGGAGACCACAAGGAAUGAGGGAGAAUACAUUACAUGGCAUGUAGAUAAAGAUUAUGGAAUACUGAUAACUGUGUGAAAUAUAUACAAAAACAAAUGUACAAUAUAAAUAUUACUAUCCCGUGAGAUAGUAGGGACACACACAUCUGGGAUGUAUUUAGGGACAAUCAGCCUGCAUUUGUAAAUGGCUGCAUAACAUCUUGGGUCAUUGAUGUACAGACCAUAUUGCAGGCAAAAGAAUGAGAGAGAUAUUUUAAGCAUUUAGAGGCAUUUGAAAGUUAGAUACAGUUGAAAUAGUAUGAUUUUCUCCUAAUGUGGAUGUACAGGACACCAUACCAGCUCAGUUGAUGCUGAGAAGAGCCCAUAUGAGAAGUAGGAUGUAUAAUCGAUUUUGUACUUUAAAUACUCAGUAAUUUAGCUAGAUCUUUCUUGGUCCUAUUUUUUUAUGCCUCUGAAGAACUAUCUUGGAAGCCAGUAUAUGAUGAGGUUUUACCUUCUACAGGUCAGAUGUCCCCAGAUGGAGCCCGAGGGCGAGAGUCACAGAGCAGCCGGCUUCCAGUGGAGGAGUUACAAACUACUAGUGGAUCCCGCUCUACGCCGCGAUACACAGAAGAUCUACCGUUAUGAUGGCGUGCACUUUAAUAUCGCUGUGAGACCCAUAUUUUAAUUUAAAGAGGGAUUGGGGAAAUUGCACUUCUGGCUGCAGUUUGAGGUGCAAAUCUGGACCAAGUUAUCUUAUAGCUGAUGAUAGCUUUAGAGUUGCAGAGCACGAGUCGAUUUCUACUUGAGCUUAUUCUAAAAAUACCCUGGGUUAUAAGAUGUGAUUUUUGUAUGUAGUAUGUUCUUUUUAAUGAGGAUUUGGUGAGAAAGUUUUAGUAGAAUUUUCAGUUGUGUUUGUAUUUUCAGUAUUUUUAUUUUUUUUUCCCACCACAGGAUAGGAGAAAACGUGUUCAACCUAGUGACAAACUUUUUAAUUAAAAUAAAUAUUAUUUUGUUUUGUUGUUCAGGAUAGAGCAUUUCUUCCAGUAGGCGAUGUCCGGGACCCACGACAACAUCGUAUGUGGAGCAAACCACGGGAUGUCUCCCUCCCUGUCCCCAAAUUCAAGGUAUUAAGGUUCUUCUUUGAUAAGUGGGAUAAAUGUGAAAGGAGGGUUGCAGGUAUAGGUUGGUGGUGAACAGCAGAAAAGAUGUCACUGGGGCAGCCAGUGACUGCAGGAGAGGACGAGGAGUUGGUCCUGGUUGUUCUUGGCUGCUAUUGACAGAAAUCUGCAAUAGUUGAACAUAAAAAUAGAAAUGUAAUAAACCUGCAGACUUGUAGAAGAGAACUUGUCUCUUCUGCCUGCAGUGAGCGUUGAAGGUGGGUACAGUCUAAGGCUUGGGAUGUGGCAUGUAUUAGGUUGAGGGAUCUGUCAGGUGCUCUAACACUUUUUUUUUUUUUUUUUGUGUUCUAGUUUGAUGAAUUCUAUGUGGGGCAGCUCCCUCAAAAGGAAGUCACUUUUGCCCAUCUCAAUGACAAUGUCCGGGAACCCUUUCUGGCUGAUAUGUGCCGAAAAUUUGGGGAUGUGGAGGAGGUGGAGAUUCUGCUGCAUCCCAAAACACGCAAACAUCUAGGACUGGCUAAGGUGCUGUUUUCCAGCUCGAAGUCAGCCAGAGAAACCGUUGCUCAUCUCCACAAUACGUCUGUUAUGGGCAACCUCAUACAUGCAGAACUUGACCUCCGAGGUGAGGGGAAGGGCAAGUGGAAUAUGUGAUCAGACAGAAGUGGAUUAUGGGUAAUGGUGUACAUCAAGUGCAUUUGAAAUCGUGGAAAACAAACCAUAUAGAAAUCAACCUGCAUGUUUGUUAUCAAAGGUCAUGAAACUUCACUUUUAUUUUAUCCAAUAAAUAUUUUAUCAACUAUAUGGCAACAAUAAACGAUCAACAGCGCAAAUUACAUUCUUUACACAUUUUGCACAGGCAGGUGCUAAUUGCUGAGCAGUAGAGAGACCAUCAGGUUGGAUGAGUGUAGAAAUAUUAUGAGGCAGAGAUUUAGUAAGUCAUUAUGACAGUUAAUUUUUGGAAUUUGCAGUAUUGUGUUAAAAACCGUGCAAACCUUACUCUUGGAAUCUUUUAUGUUUCCAGGGCAGCAAAGGCAGAAAUACUUUGAUAUGAUUGUGAAUGGUUCAUACACCCCACAGACUGUCCCUACAGGUGGGAGGUGGGUCCUGGAUCGUCUGCAGGCUGAACCGGUGAGUGACCUGCUUUAGUGCUAUCCCCGGCCCAGGUGCUAGUUGCUGUAGCAUCCUGACCUGAAUCUCUGUUGUGUCUCUUCAGCUGGAUUCUAGACGCCGCAUAUCCACUGAUUCCCCUUACCCUCCUGGAAAUGGAACCCCAUCAUCUCAGGACACAGGCACCGCCUAUAGCCAGUACACCCCGUCCUUGUCCUCUUCACAGGGCACCCCUUACACUCCCAGAGGUGGCACCCCCUACUCUCAGGACUCUGCCUACUCCAGCAGGUAAGAGCAUAUCUCUGGGUGACACAGUGACUUCUUAGUUACAAGAUGCAAGAGACAGCCCAUAAUCAUUUUACAUGCAUAACAUAGAAAUGUUGGAUAUGUUCGCUUACACAGUUAAUCAGGUUGUAAACAGACACCAUGGUCAACACAAAAAAACUCUAAAAGGACUCAGUGGUUCAAUCAAAAUGUUCUUAAUAUGCCGUCUUUUCUACUUUAAAAUACUUUUUCUUUCUUGCUUUCAUGUUGACAAAUACUGUGUUUUGCAGGCAGGGAACCCCCAGCCAUUCCAGCUCCCAUGAAUCCUCAGGAUACAAGUCCCGGCGCCAGGAGAACAGCUCUGGAGAUUCGUACUCUCGCCGCUCUGGGCACCACUAUUCUCCUGCUCCGUCUUCUUCCACAUCAUCUUCCUCACAUCAUGAGAGCAGUCAUAGACGGUAUCACAGGCACCAACACCGUUCCUCCCCACAGUCUUCAUACCGCUCUCGACACCGCAAGCCACCUCCGCCUCCACCUCCUGAAGAACCUCCAUUACAUCGCUUUCCUGGGACUCCACCUCUACCUCCCCCACCACCCCCUCCGCCUCCAGAUGAUCACCAAUCUGACCGUGAUUACAGACUUACCCAGCCACCUCUUCCUCCAUCUACAUCUAUCCACACACCUACUCUACUUAUUCCUCCUCCACCACCUACUGAAGGCUGGGAGCCCCCUCCUCCACCACCACCACCACCUCCUCCAGCCUCUUCUCCACCUCCAUCACCAGCCCGUUCUUGCUCUCCGCUUCCUGAUGGUAUUUCGGAGAGUCUUCCAAUCACACAACAUAGUAGUAGCCUCGACUCCCGUAUUGAGGCCUUGCUAAAGGAGCAGCGCUCCAAAUUCUCCUUCCUGCCCUCUGACACCGAGGAAGAAGAUGAGGCAACAGAAAGUGCUGGGCAGGAGAACAUGGUCUUAGAAGAAGCCCCUCCCCCUGUACACGGCCCAUACACACCUCCCCCACCUGCAAGCUUUGAGGAUGUGUCUGCUGAGGCCAUCUUGAGGAUGGGUGAUAUUGGCAGGACAGCCAACGGGCAGGAGCGGGUGAGAUACAAAGCCAUGCGUUUCCAGAGAUCUUAUUAGAUACGCAGCAGCAAGGAUUAGCUGCCAUUAAGCCUCCGUUUUAUUGGCUCCCUAGAACAAAUGUAGUAUUGCUGAUAGCACAGAUUGAACAGGUUUUGUUAUUUAGUGCUGACUGAAUUUCUAAGUCACUUGCAACAAGGGCAACUUUAUUUAAAAAAAAAAAAAUUUCAUUUUAUUUUUAUUUUUUUCCAGUUUAGUCUGCAGCAGUGAACUUAUUAAACUGAAAAUAGCAGUUAAAAUUACAUUUCUUUAAAAUCUUUAAAUGAAUGAUGGUUUCCCAUAAGUCUGAAGCUAUUAUUCUCUUUCUAUAAAUAUUGACCUGAAUUUCCAUAAUAUAGUCCCAUUCUUAGCAGUUUUAUUGUUCGGGAAGGUAACGUUUAAAGAUUAGAAACAUUCAAAAGAGAUGCGGAGGUAGAAAUUAACAAAGCCAGAACAACUUUAGUCUAAAACUUCUCAAAUGUAGAGUCUGAUCUGGACUUUUUUUGUUCAGUUAAACAGAAUUUUGGCUGAGUUAGAUAAAGAAAGUAAAAUUUAUGUUUUUUGGGCUUAUUACCAAUCUUCUGAUCUAUUUCUGCAUUAUUAUGAAAAUAAAAUAUUUAGUGUCUCUCUAGAUCCCACUUAUACAAAGCAACAUUUACUAACAUUUUUCAAAGGGAAGCAGAGAGUUUGAGUCACAGUUUAUGUCAAAACUGUUCCCAAAGUUUUCAUCCUAAUUUCUCUUCUAAAUUGAAAAAGGGGGGGGGUGUUUGAAAAAUAUAUAUAGCAAACCUACCCUUUUCAACUCUAUAUUUCUGCAUCAUGGAGUAAAUAAAUUCCUUUGCACCUUUAUUUAUUCCUCAAAUGUGCGUUCUGAUGAUUUGAUAGCUGGCAACCAAAAUAUCAACUUGGAGAAAAUUAUGUUAAAUAUGGGAAGUUAACUUUUUCCAUUUAGGUUGGUAAAUGUUACACACACAUUGAAAUAAAACGAGCCAUCCCAGGUGUAAAGAGUAAGGUUAAAGGACCACUAUAGUGCCAGGAAAACAUACUCAUUUUCCUGUCACUAUAGUGCCCUGAGGGUCCCCCUCCCGCCCGGCUCGGGAAAGGGGUUAAACUUACCUUUUUCCAGCGCUGGGCAGGGAGCUCUCCUCCUCCUGGACUGAAUGCGCACGCGUGGCAAGAGCUGCGCGCGCAUUCAGCCCGUCGCAUAGGAAAGCAUUCAUAAUGCUUUCCUAUGGACGCUUGCGUGCUCUCAUUGUGAAAAUCACAGUGAGAAGCACGCAAGCGCCUCUAGUGGCUGUCAAUGAGACAGCCGCUAGAGGAUUAGGGGGAAGGCUUAACCCAUUCAUAAACAUAGCAGUUUCUCUGAAACUGCUAUGUUUAUAAAAAAAAUGGGUUAACCCUAGAAGGACCUGGCACCCAGACCACUUCAUUAAGCUGAAGUGGUCUGGGUGCCUAGAGUGGUCCUUUAAGUUUCAGAUAGAUGCCUGAUUUAGUUCAGUUCCCUUGUGGCUCUGCUUGCUCUUCCAACAUCAUCAUAAUGUGCCAUAUUCUUCUGCUAAUCCAUGGGACUCUUCCUGUUUACUCUCCACUGAUUGGUGAUUUAAGAAUUAUCCUUUUUUAUUUUUUACUUCCCAGUUCAGACUCAGCACACUUGAUUUCUCCAAUAAAUGGUCUAAGUCAGAUCAAUAAGUCAUUCACAAAAUAUUAAGUGGUUAAUCAUUAAAUAUAUUGGACAUAAUAAUGUAUAAAAACUUUUUAUUUUUUUUCCUUUGUAUUAACACUCAGGUUUAAACACAUCCUCUUAGUAUAGUUUUACAGUCCGUAUCACAUCCUAAGGCCGUUCCCAAAAGUCAAAGAUGUAGAAAGUUUCCAGGGAAUAUUGUCUUAACCUGCACCACUGGUGUUCCUUAAGCAUGUAGUGGAAACCACUGUAACAUGAGUAGUAGUGGUACACCCAAAACUUCACUGUCAAUGUUACAACAAUAAAACAAAAUGUCCAGUAGUUCACUAUUUGCUAAUUACAAUGAAAUGUAGUUCAGUGUAUCAUUUGAAGAGCGAUAGGUUUUUCCCUAUUACUGAACUAGAGUGUCUCUGUAGACCUAAAGCCUCGAAUCAGAGGUGAUUGAGGGAUGUCGGGGGCUCCUUGUGCCAUUAUUUCUGGGAAUCUUUAGUCUUUUUCUGCACAGAGCUCUGUUAGUUACACGUUACUCCUGGUUGGUUAAGAGACCCAUGAGUUAAAAGGGACUAUUUUCAUUUAAGCAGAAUAUUAUCGAGAAUUGAAAACAAAAUUUUAGAACAGAGUUUUGGGAAUAUUAUCACACUUGUUUUUGUUCUAAAAUUUACGUUUCCUUUCUCAAUUCUUAACAAUUCCCCAAUAAAUAAGACGCUAGAUUAGCAGGUUUUCGAAAACCACAAAAUCUAAAAUGCUCGUUACAAGACAUUAUGUUACUGGUUUUCUCAACAUUUCUCAGCAUUUUUGGCUGCAGUUAUUUUACUAUUUAGUGUUCUUCAUUUAAUUUCUGAUACUACUAGUCUAUUUCUUAUCUCCCAGAAUUAUACCAGCAGUGAGGUAAUGUGUACAAUGCCACAGGCUUGGAAUCUGGUCAGACAUUUAUUUGAAAUAAAUAAAUAUAAAUUAUAUAUAUAUAUAUAUAUAUAUAGUAGGGACAUUUUUUAUAGUAAAUCCACAUUCUGAAUAGGUGACCCAUUUUGCAUUUCUGAGGGCACACCGUAAACUAUUUUACUAAUUUACUGUAGGUUCUUGAAUUUGUGAAGUAUGUCAGAGCAAGGCAGUUACUUUGUAAUUCAUUCAUUGCUACUUUAUGCCAUUCUAAUUGCAGUCCACUCCAAUUCAGAACCUUAAGGAAUAAACUUUUUUUUUUGUCUUGUGGUUGAUGCUGCUACCACUUUUAAAUUGUCUGCCUUAAACGAGAAAGGCCACUUCCCUAUGUUCAAUAUAUGUUUUUGUGCGGUGUGAAAAAAUAAAAUUAAACGUAGAAAUCCUCAUCACUUUUUCCUGUGAUUGGACGCCUCGCUAUUUGCUCCUUGUCAAUCAUUGUUAUAAUCUCUGUCCUUUGCACCAGGCGGUCAGCAUAGAUAGCGCAUACAGAGAACAGAAUAAAUUAAAUCAUGUUUCCUUUUCUCCUCUUCAUUUGCGAUGACUGCCAUGGCUCGGUGCCGGAUUAUGUCAUUCUGUUUAAGCUUUAUAACGUAAACUUAAAAGAAAAUUGAGAAUCCCGAAACUGUUAACGCAGGUUAAGGGAUUUUCAAUGUGUUCUACAGUGGUGUAGAGAGAAGCAACAGUUCCCUUUUAAAUUAAAAACCGUACCAUGGGCUAAACCGAUGUUUCUUGCUCACCACUGAUGGACCCUUGAUGGUGCUACAAUACACAGUCCAUUUGGUUGAUACUGCAGAAAGUUGUCCCAAUCUUUAAAUAAAGUCAAGUCUUGAGUGGUACAGCUCACACGCUUUAUGAUUAUUUUCUGAUUGUGUGUUAGUUGGAGGGAAAAUUAAAAAUACUUUUUUUUAUUAAAUGUUCAAUGAAGUUUCUCAAUUUCUGCUAUUUAUUUGUUUUUGGUGGCUUGACAUUUUCUUUCUUUCUUCUCAGCUGUCAUCCGGGGAUGACAUGGAAAUUUCAGAUGAAGAGGUUAACCUUGAGAUGCCUGGUGCUUCUGGUCCUCCAUACCCACUUCUGCCCCACCUGGCAGGCACCGGGGGCAACUACUCUGCACAGCCUCUUCCAUCUCCUCUCCUUCCCAUACCUCACCACCACCACCAGGCUCCCUCAUCUUAUCAAAUGCUACCUGUCAAUGCCAGGCCACGGCUUGGCGAACUUGGCACUCGUCCCUCCACCCCUCCUCCACUUGAUCCAUCUGCUGCUUCGUCAUCUUCUUCAUCUGCUCCCCAUAUAUAUGACUUUGUGAACUCCAUGGAAUUGGUAAACAGACUUGGUAACCAGUGGGGAGGGACCUCCAUGUCCUUUCAGAUGCAGACUCAGAUGCUGAGCCGAUUACAGCAAAAUAGACAAGGCAAAGGACAACAACCAUUUGAGGACCAAUACCCCCCACCUCUACUCCCUCACCCACUACCCAUCAGACACCGCCAGCCUCACCCUCCUCCACUCAUGUCUGAGCAGGUCUAUGGAGCAGUGUACCCACCUUUUCCCUCCCAACAGCCACAGCCUUUAUUACCCCCUCGGGAAUUUCCAAACCGGACAGGUCGAGGAGGUGGUCAUGACCCUCGUCCACCAGGCUGGACACAACAGGCAGACCCACAUGCCUCUACAGUUAUCAGUGUACUGACUGCACUUAUUCAAGAGAUGAAGAGCACAAUGCAAAGAGAUUUGAACAGAAAAAUGGUAGAGAAUGUGGCAUUUAGGGCCUUUGAUGAGUGGUGGGAAUGUAAAGAGGAGAAGGCAAAGGUAAGGAUCAAAUGGUGGCAGAGAGGAAAACAUUAAGAGAUUGGGAUGGUAGAAAGGAGUGAGCGUUUUUAGGAGUGUAAAAUCACUAAGAUGUCUUUUCAAUCUGCAGCCAUUUCAGAAUGUACCCAAACCACCACCUAGGGAAGAAGACAAGGAGAAGGUCCGACCCAAAGAUCCUGGGCUACUUUCCUUGGUGGACUGGGCCAAGAGCGGAGGUGCAGAAGGAUUUGGAUUUGGAGCAGGGCUCAGGGGUGCACUCAGACUGCCCUCCUUCAAGGUCAGUUCUUUCUAGAGGAGAUGGAUUGUGUAGUGCAGACUUUUAUAGGCUUAUAAUUAGAGGCAAAGAAAAACCAAACAAACCAUAUUGGCAUGACCUAUUGCUUGUCUCUAAGGAGAGUGAUAUCGGGGUGUUAGCUGUUUGUGAGAAUAGUUCUGAGGUGAGGUUUUGUCUGUGUUGGACCACGAGUACUGCUAAUCUGUACAAGUUGAAGCAUCGAGGGACCAUUGAUGGUCCAUAGAAAAUUAGGGAAAACAUUUGUAGGGAUUACUGAAAAGGGAUGAAAAACAAGUAUUUGUACUAUGGGUGACAUGCAGUGAUGUGACGAAUGAUAGCCACUGGUAGUUUACACAUGAUGUGCUUUGGCUUGUAUUACUUGGGUAUAUGUCUCUGGACAGGCGUGUUGGAUAUGAGGGUUUUAUUUGAUGUUGAGCAGAAGUCAAGACAUUACUUGCUUGAAAUGUUGUGACAUUACUAACCGGCAGAAAAAUUCUGUGUAAAUAAGUGCAUUGCAUUUUUCUCUUCUUUUUCAUCUUCCCAAAUACAGGUUAAGAGGAAGCCACAAUCAGAGAGCGAAGAUGGUGAGCAGAAGAGGCCCCGGCCGUCUACCCCACCAGAGGAGGAAGAGGAUGGUGAGUUACUACCUCCAUCUGAAAACCGGGUACAGACGGAUACCAGAUACGGGUACCUGAAAUCACAUCCCUAUUUCUCUUCUUCCUCCAGAAAGAGAUAAAGAGACGCUUUCCGAUCCUCGAUCAGGAGCCAAGCAGUCGCAGAGAGAAGGUGAGCGAGCGCGCCACAAGCGCAGGAAUCCCUUCCACCUGGACAGUGAGGGAGAAGAGGAAUCUGACAAGGUGAGACUCCAAGGCUUCGUUACCCUGUGGAAAACAUUCUCUGGGAGUUGCCCUUUUAGACUGGCCACGUGAUGUCCGAGACAUAAAAUCACUCUUGCUUGUAAUUCAGUAGCUGAUUCAUGAAGCCAUUUAGUAAAUACUUAUAUUGUUUGUUUAAUGUCCUAAAUUCCUAUAACGGGAAACUGAGGGUGCAUACUGCAGCAUUAGUACAUGGGUUAUAGUAAUCUGGUUAUAGGGUUAGUCUGGGUGGGUAAUGGUGAGCUGGUUACAUGGUUAGUCUGGGUGGGUUAUAGUGAACUGGUUAUAGGGUUAGUCUGGGUGGGUUAUAGUGAGCUGGUUAUAGGGUCAGUCUGGGUGGGUUAUAGUGAGCUGGUUUUAGGGUCAGUCUGGGUGGGUUAUAGUGAGCAGGUUACAGGGUCAGUCUGGGUGGGUUAUAGUGAGCUGGUUAUAGGGUCAGUCUGGGUGGGUUAUAGUGAGCUGGUUAUAGGGUUAGUCUGGGUGGGUUAUAGUGAGCUGGUUACAUGGUUAGUCUGGGUGGGUUAUAGUGAACUGGUUAUAGGGUUAGUCUGGGUGGGUUAUAGUGAGCUGGUUUUAGGGUCAGUCUGGGUGGGUUAUAGUGAGCUGGUUAUAGGGUCAGUCUGGGUGGGUUAUAGUGAGCUGGUUAUAGCUGGUUAUAGGGUCAGUCUGGGGUGGGUUAUAGUGAGCUGGUUAUAGGGUCAGUCUGGGUGGGGGGUGAGCUGGUUAUAGUCUGGGUGGGUUAUAGUGAGCUGGUUAUAGGGUCAGUCUGGGUGGGUUAUAGUGAGCUGGUUGUAGGGGUCAGUCUGGGUGGGUUAUAGUGAGCUGGUUAUAGGGUCAGUCUGGGUGGGUUAUAGUGAGCUGGUUAUAGGGUCAGUCUGGGUGGGUUAUAGUGAGCUGGUUAUAGGGUCAGUCUGGGUGGGUUAUAGUGAG